GGAUGACGGAUGGACUCCGGAUAGUAAUGUCCAGCAGGGCUGGAUCGCGGGUGCCUCGCAUGUUAGCCAUGGAAGCACCGAAAAUUUGCAAGGAAGGAUCUUGCAAUACACAGGAUUUUUCUCCCACCGCUUUGGCUUCUUCUGAAAAAAGUGGCAUGUUAAAAACAAAAUUGGAAUCCCAGGGCAGCUUCUUCCUAUUUCAGGAUGCGAUUCGGACUCUGAACACUCUGCAGACCAACGCCAGCUACCUGGAACAGGUGAAGCGAGAACGGGGAGACCCCGAGCUGCAAUUGCAAGCGAUGGCUGGGUUCUUGGAACGGACCGGCUUGAAGGUUGAAGACCUGGAUCAACUCAACGUCAUUCAUGUCACUGGGACAAAGGGCAAGGGUUCGGCAUGCGCCUUCACGGAACGGAUUCUGCGGAACUACAAUUUAAAGACCGGUUUUUACAGUUCACCCCAUCUGGUUCAAGUCCGCGAGAGGAUUCGCAUUAACGGCCAGCCCAUCAGCCAAGAGCUGUUUAGCAAAUAUUUCUGGCAGGUGUACAACCGAUUGGAGGAGACUAAGGACUCCCAUCACGCUUCCAUGCCUGCCUACUUCCGGUUCCUUACAAUCAUGGCUUUCCAUGUCUUCCUGCAGGAGAAGGUUGACUUGGCGGUUAUAGAAGUCGGCAUUGGGGGCGCCUACGAUUGCACAAACAUUGUCAGGAAACCAAUAGUCUGUGGGGUCUCCUCCUUGGGCAUUGACCAUACCAGCAUCUUGGGAGACACCAUUGAGAAGAUAGCUUGGCAGAAAGGCGGCAUCUUCAAGCCCAGUGUGCCAGCGUUCACGGUUCCGCAGCCGGAAAGACCGUUAGAAGUCCUGAAACAAAGAGCUGAAGAAUGCCAGUGCCCGCUUUUUCUCUGCCCUGACCUGGAUGCCUUUGAAGACGACAACAAGCUCCUUCAACUCGGCUUAGCUGGUGACCAUCAACGGUCCAACGCUGCUUUAGCCCUCCAGCUGUCCCACACGUGGCUGGGCCGUUGUGGGUAUCUGGAUACCGGUGAGCGGAAGGACUUGUGGCGAACUUCUGAAGCUCCAUCAAAGAGGGCGCCCUGCUUGGCUCCUGCUUUUAAGCCAGACCAGCCCAUGGUACAAGGCCUGCAAGCAGCCGUGUGGCUCGGACGUAACCAAGUGCUCCACCACGGCCCGGUGACGUGGUACAUCGAUGGGGCCCACACCACGAGCAGCAUACAGGCCUGCGUCCGCUGGUUUCACCAAGCGGCUCUGAACGAAGACAAACCUACAGACGGUUCCGAAGUCCGAGUGUUGCUGUUCAACGUGACGGGAGACCGGGAUACGGCGGCUUUGCUGAAACUUUUGCUGCCCUGCCAUUUCGACUACGCCGUUUUCUGUCCCAACUACACCGAGGUGUCGACGUUGGGAAACGCAGAUCAGCAGAAUUUCAACGUCACCUUGGAGAACGUCCUGACCCGUUGCCUGCAGAACCAGAACUACUGGAACCGGCUGAUGGAGGCCAAGUUGACCCAGGACCCUUGGUUCCCUGUCUUGCCCGAGGUGGGGGGCUGGCUGAAGCAGCCCUCGCUUCACAGCUCCCCCAUCUUCGCGGCCUCCUCCACCCGCCCGCUCAACUCCAACUCCUUGGUUUUCCCUUGCAUCUCGCAUGCUUUGCAGUGGAUCAGUCAAGGCCGGGACCCAAACUUGCCAGCCCUGGCGCCCCAGGGACUCCACCCGCACCCCGUGGCCAGCAGCGGGGCUGUUCUGCUUAAGGAAGCCGUGGCCAUCCGUGUCCUCGUGACGGGCAGUCUGCAUCUGGUCGGGGGCGUCUUGAAGUUGCUGGACCCCACCCUUUCUCAGUAGGCCCGUGGGAACUCCACCUUCUGCCGACGUUGGAAUGGGCAGUGGAAACCUUGAUGUCCCGCUCCUAUCUGUGGUGUGGCACCAUGAGGCACAUCCAGCCAUGCGAUUCCCAGGAGGUCCAGGUUGAAUUCUCAAUCAAAGUGAGUUGAUCUCCAGAGAACUCUUGUUGGUGGCAUCUGCCUGAUGGUUGAACGUUGAUGGUUGAACCACUUGAGGUCCAGCUAUUCUACAAGCUUGAAGACAUGGUCCUUCUUCUCAUAACCAAGUGAGGACCUCAUUGUGGCGUCAUCCAUCUCCUCCUCCUUCUCAUAACCAAGUGAGGACAUCCUUGUGAGGUCAACCAUCUCCCCCUCCUCCUCAUAACCAAGUGAGGACAUCCUUUUGGGAUCAACCAUCUCCUUCUUCUCAUAACCAAGUGAGGACAUCCUUGU